AUUUCAGUUCCGCCAUGGCCAAAUUUGAACGACUGGUUUGGAGACUCCGUAUCGUGGCGUGGGAGGCUAUGAGCUAACCGUACGGUGGAGAACCGGCAAGCGUUAGGCGCUCGCAAUGUCCGUUGUAUUUUUCGCAAUUCAUGGGCCAACGAGGUUCGACCAGCGGACCCCAAAGCGACCUGCUUUGUCCCUUUUUUAUGCUCCCGUCCAUUCUCUUCCUAUUUUAGAUCUAAGAAUGGUUGGCCACUGAGAGAAUUUCCCAUUAUUUAGACAUUUUUUUCUUGUCUUUCUCUCUGAUCCAAGGAGGAGAAGGGGGAGAACGGAAACCCAUAAUUGUUUGUUUUUGUUAUUCUUCUUCUUGGUUCUAGGUUUGCAUUUUUUUUUUUAUGGUUCAUGAAAAAAUAGUCUUGAAAAAAAGUAAGGGGAGGGAAAAUCGGACAUGGGUCUCCAAGAAAAUGGGCAAGGCAGCGGCAGCCAAUAUAGGAGGAUGGAUUCUGAGUCGACAGCGAAAAAUGAAGGCUCGCACCUUGAGAACCAUCAGAUGGGGACAAACAGCUCCAGGAAAUACGUGUUGGCCUGUGCUAUCUUUGCCUCCCUCAAUUCUGUGCUUCUUGGAUAUGAUGUUGGCGUUAUGAGCGGAGCAAUUAUAUUUAUACAAGAGGAUCUAAAAAUUAGUGAGGUACAAGUAGAAGUCCUUGUUGGAAUUCUGAGUAUAAUUUCAUUGCUGGGUAGCUUAGCCGGAGGCAAAACAUCGGAUGCGGUAGGCAGAAAAUGGACAAUGGCCUUUGCAGCCAUUGUGUUUCAAGUAGGAGCUUUGAUAAUGACUCUUGCUCCCAAUUUUGGCAUACUGAUGAUAGGCAGGGUGUUGGCUGGGAUUGGGAUCGGUUUUGGUAUCAUGAUUGCGCCUGUAUAUAUCGUUGAGAUAGCUCCAGCAGUUGCCAGAGGAUCACUAACCUCGUUCCCCGAGAUCUUCAUAAAUUUUGGGAUCCUUCUCGGUUAUGUAUCAAAUUAUGUAUUUUCAGGACUUCCAGCACAUAUAAAUUGGAGGGUCAUGCUCGGGGUGGGGAUUCUCCCCUCUGUUUUCAUUGCGUUUGCAUUGUUUAUUAUCCCUGAAUCCCCAAGGUGGUUGGUGAUGCAAAACCGGAUUGAGGAUGCAAAAGCAGUGCUCUCGAAAAUAAAUGAAAGUGAAAAAGAAGUCCAGGAGAGAUUAGCAGAGAUACAGCAGGCUGCUGGGUUUUCUAAUGCCGAGAAAUAUGAAGAGAAUGCUGUGUGGCGCGAGUUGUUGAAUCCCUCUCCCGGUGUUAGAUGGAUGCUGGUUACCGGUUGUGGAAUCCAGUUAUUUCAACAGGUUUCGGGUAUUGAUGCAACCGUAUACUAUAGCCCCACUAUCUUUGGAACUGCUGGAAUCAAGGAUACCACACAACUUCUUGGUGCAACUGUUGCUGUUGGGUUUACAAAAACCGUGUUCAUCUUGGUUGCUAUAUUCCUCAUCGACAGAGUGGGUAGGAAACCUCUCCUUUAUGCCAGCACAAUCGGCAUGACUUCUUGUCUGUUUGGCAUAGGUGUUACUCUAUCUUUGCUGAAGAACACUCAAGUUGGCAUCGGAUUGGCAAUCUUAUUUGUAUGUGGGAAUGUUGCUUUCUUCUCAGUGGGAUUAGGUCCGGUUUGUUGGGUUGUUGCAUCUGAAAUAUACCCUCUCAGGCUUCGAGCACGGGCCUCAGCUCUCGGUUCUGUUGGGAACAGGGUCAGUAGUGGCCUCGUCUCCAUGUCCUUCCUGUCUAUUUCGAAUGCAAUUACAGUAGCUGGAACUUUCUUUGUCUUUUCGGCGGUUUCAGCUCUAGCAGUUGCCUUUGUUUACAAGUGUGUUCCAGAAACAAAAGGGAGGACUUUAGAGCAAAUUGAAAUGUUGUUUCUGACCGAGGGACAACGGCAUGGGGGAGAGUUGGAGCUUGAAGAUGUAAAGCAGCUUGUACCAAAGCAAUGAACCUUCCAAUAGCAUGGCCUUGAAAUUUUGUUCAGCUCCACAGCAAACCUACCAAAUUUAACAAAAUUAUUCAGAAUUCUAUCAAUAUAAUUAUAGGCUGACAUGGAUGAGAGGGGACUAUAGAGUUGCACUGAGUGGCAAAGAACGAAAAGGGGAGAGGUCAGCUGAUACUCUUUUACCCAUCACUCUUUUUUUGUACCAUACUUUACUUGAUUUUGUCCCCAUUAUUUGUUUACAAAGAUGUUCCUGGAAAUACUAUUUCCCCAUUAGCAAAUGUAAUUUGAUUGUUUUGCAAGAA